AAAUUCACGUUUAAAUAUUUAUAAUUCUAACUACUUCAGCCAUUUGAAAGAUAAUGUCCUGAUUAUUUAUAACCGCGUAUCUUUGGCAGAUAAUCUCAAAAUUCUCGACAUUUGCAUGUCUCGGAUAGUAAAUUCCAGUAUAUUUCCAGAGCUUGUAAAUGCAACAAGUUCUUGGAAAGUUACAGAAUAGAUAUUGUGUAGGCCUUGGACGUAACCGCACAGCAUGGAUAUGCGUUACGAUAGGGGCCAAUUUCCGACUGUGUUUACUCGCGAAUCUCGGCACCAGCAUCAACACGAAUACCAUGAGACGGCAGCGUCCAGCCAACCAGCAGAUCGACAGGCAGAGGUUACAUCUACCGGGCAUGUCUGUCACAGCCAUGAAGGACAUGGUGGAUCUAUGGUCUUCCAUUUUAGCAACAGGGAAACCAUUCUUUUCGAAUUCUGGACGACCAACUCUACGACGUCGAUUGUGCUCUCCUGCCUAAUCGUUUUCAUAAUGGCCAUUGGCUACGAGGCACUCAAAUGUUACCGCGAGUGGUUAAAAAAAUGUAAUAAAAAAAGAAAAGAUGGAGGCUGUGAUCGAAACAACGCAGGACAGAUAACGCCUAUGCAGCUGCCGUCACCAUCGACAUUGAUCGAUGCAUUUUCUAUACCGCUGUCGGUUGUAGCACCAGUGGCAACAGGAGCUGUGGCAAUAGCGGGAGCGAGUCCGAAUCCAAACCCGAAUCCGAAUCCAAAUAGGAAUACGAAUACGCUACCUCGCCUGAUGACACGUGUGCCCUGGUUAGCGCCCAUUCACUGGUAUCAGACACUGUUGCAUAUGCUUCAGGUAACCAUCUCGUUUUUGCUGAUGCUUAUCUUUAUGACAUUCAACGUUUGGCUUUGCAUAGCCGUUGUCCUGGGCGCCGGAGUUGGAUAUUUCUUAUUUUUUGCGCAGAGCGAAAAUGUGUCCGACCACUGCAAUUGAGGUAUUCCACGUCAUUCAAAUAUCCAAUGCCUCCCUAUGCUACACUGUCUCCACUGUUGUCUAUAUGCUUUUGUGCUAAUGUAUUUUUCUAAUUAAACCAAGUUAUAAAAAUAUCAUAACAAAAGUGACUACCAGCCGCCCGGCCUAAUUGUUCAUGUUUAUGGCUCGUAAAACAAUGACUGCAGCUACC